AUCUCAAAUUCUUUUACAGGAGCUCAUAAGGAAGUAGGUUUGACUAGAAGUUCUAUUUGUACACGCCCCUUGCCUCUCAUUUGUUUUUGCAGGCAGAGUUUUCCAUACGUAGGUGCUUGAGUACACAACUUCAACCUGGGCUGUUGUGCGGUUCGUUCAUUGAUUCUUUGUGUGGACGACACUGUGAAUCUGAUCACAAUCAUCCAUCUACAGAAGGUUUUUCAAAGUAUGACAACAGUAUUUUCUCGCUGACUUUGGAAGGUUAUCCAAGGUAUUUGACUGUGCUGAAGUGUCACACAGCUGUCACAGUUGGCCCACCACCUAAAACGACGGUUACCUGUUGUUCAAAGGGCGACGACGGCAGUUGACCUACUUGCACACCAGGAAGAGACCUCGAGCCGACAUACUCGGUCCUCAUACAACGGUGUAAAAUGGCCACUGGCCUUAAUGUUUUACGAGGCAUUAUCUUCCUGGCUGGAAGCGUAGCCCUGGUUUUGAUGUAUUGGCGGUCAUCUCCAUCUCCAAAAUGUCGGCCUCCUCCGAUUCAUUCAGAUCAACUGUCCGCAAAGACAGACAAGCCUCUCAUGCUGCUGUGGUUCUGGCCUGAAAACAAAAGGUUUGACUUCAAAGACUGUAAGACGCUUUUCCAGAUUGACGACUGCACCCUCACAGACGAUAGAUCCUUAUACUCCAAAGCUCAUAACGUCUUGGUGUUUCACACGGCUAUUCAGGAUGACCUCUCCAACCUUCCCACCUCACCUCGCCCAAAGUUCCAGAGGUGGAUCUGGUUCAACAACGGCACUCACAAAAACACGAGCAGAAUAGAAGGCGUCCAAGGCCUUUUUAACUUAACCUUGAGCUACAGGAAGGAUGCGGAUAUCCAGGUCCGCUGGCAACUUACUCAGAAGAAGAAUUCAGAUGGAGAUUUUGUACUGCCCAAAAAGGAACGAUUGCUUUGUUGGAUUGUGGAUGAUGAAGACCUCGUCACAAAGUCAGGGGAGAGAUACAGCUACUACAGAGAGCUAAUAAAACACAUCAAGGUAGAUGUUUUCCACAGCUCCUCUGUCAAAGGCGACAACUAUUUCCGGACUAUUAGCAGCUGCAAAUUCUACCUUUCCUUUGAGAGUUCAAUCAACAGAGACUACAUUACAGAAACGUUCAAUGGACCUCUCGCGGCCGGCACUGUGCCGAUAGUUUUGGGCCCACCGAGAAAGAACUAUGAGGAUUAUGUCCAUAGUGCGUCCUUCAUACAUGUAAACGACUUUCCUGAUGCCUUAGCACUAGCUCAGUUCCUCCAGAAGCUGGAUAAGGACAAUGAGGCUUAUAUGAGAUACUUUAAUUGGCGGCAAUUCUUCACUGCGAGACGUCAUCCUACUGAUGAGAAGCACAGGUUCGCACACGCCAUCUGCCAGGCCUGUCUUCACGUCAGUAUUUACAGGAAUUACAGAGCUGUACCUGAUCUGUACAUGUGGCUCUCAUUGUAACACUGUUAUUAUUCCUCUGAAACGUUUGACAACACAAAUCAGUAUCUAUUCAGAGGAAUACCAGUCGUCUUUAGAAUCUGUGCAACUCUUGGCUUUUCUCAUGGUUGAAGGUAUCUCCAAAGCUUUUAAUGACAAGGAAAACAGCCCUGUGUCUUAUUCGCAAUUCUUUUAUUUAUUUUUUCAAUUCAACAGGGCCAUAAUAUAUAAUAUUUGUUCUUUAAGUUCAAAAAGUGAAAGAGAAUAUAGAUCCACCACUGAGCUCUAUUUUACAGGUCGUUGAAUUAGAAACUCUUUCACAUCGGUCACUCAUUCAUUGUCACUGUAUAAGCGACUAAAUGACUUUUUGAUAAUACCAAUUGUUCUCUUGUUUGUAACCCUGUUUUUGGAUCUAUGAUGGUUAAUUGCAGAUAUCCUGUGUGCCGGUGUUCGUCUUCAGUCUCAGCCUAAUAGUGUUUGGUGACAUUUCAAUUAAUAAACCCAUUUGUUUAC